CAUCGUUGCAGCUUGGAAAGACGUUGUUCGGAACUAAGGAUGUAGAGAAGUUGUUGGAACGCGCAGUAGAUGCGGCUCUUGAUGAGCAGGAGAAUUAAGGCUACCGCUGAAGCAUCCUUGGCACCAUCCUACCUUGGCCUCCUUUUCAAAAGGAAAAAGGGCGCAGGGAUGCACCCAGGGAUGGGACGUGGUAGCUCUAAGAGAAACUCAGCGCGCCACCAAGGACUUUGGCCUCAGCUCCACCUGCCAGUACUUCUACUUUGCCGGCGUCAACAUCUGCCAGUGCAGCUUCCGCAUCCAUGUUGAGUCUCGUGUUGGCAUUCGCAUUACUUUGGGGAUUGUCGGAGCCGCAUAGGGAUCUAAGCGCUCGGGGGCAACGGUCCUAUAUCCCAGUCGAUACGCCUGGAUCUCUGGCCCACGCUUUCAAGCUCCUCGGCGACAGUGCCAACUUGGCAGACGACAAAAAUGAGGACCAUGACCCGGAAGCGGAUUCUGUUAUGACUAAGUUAAAGUUGUGUUUGGAUUGAUAUGUAAGUUUGUUUCACUUUCAGCACUCAAUGCUUCUUUAUACGCAUUACUGCAUAUUAGAUGACGAAGUAGAUGGACGAGGCAGAGGCAUGGAGGAAUUGAAUUCUAAGAAUGCGGACGAUUCUUUUCGCCUCUCCAAGCGUAUUAGUAAAGAGGAGGCUGAUAGCAUAGGCGAAUACGAGGAACAAGCUAUGUCUUACUACCAAUCCCUGGGAGGUGCACAGGAGGCUUCUAGGGUAAUGAUUUCAGCUUCCACCUCCGUCAGCGCCGCUGCUGCGUCACCGAAGAUGGCUGAUGAUACGCUGGACGGCGCUGAGAGGCCUCUGGAAAGUUCCAAAGUUGUAGUAGCAGAUAUGGAGGAUGCUGACCUGCUACUGACUGCGUUCGGAAUGCGCCACUUGCUAGUACAAUACCGUCGGCUACCACCUCCUGACCGAGAAUUGGCGGCUCUGCUUGAGCAAAAGUGGAUUCCAGCUUUGAAAAUUCGAGACGAUGACGUUUCGUCCCUCCUCCGCAGAUCGCUGGUACGGCGCAAGCCUUCUUGAGGAUAUAUAUUCAGCGCCGGGCUCCGAGGGUUGAUGGUACUUCUUCUUGGGGGGUAAUCUUCUUAAUCGUAGUUAUGAAUGAUGCAGCUAGAAUUCUAUGUGCUAGUAAGUACUAUCUUCUUGCUCAGUUGUUGCUUUUCUUGCCUUUUUGGAGACGUCACUUGCACUUAGUUCAUCGUGUGCCGAUUCGUCUUUUAAUUUACGGUGUGUAAAUAUUGUUGUAUUCAGUAGACACCUUCAGUAUUUCAUUUGCUCUUCUCGCGGCGUGCAGAUCACACGUGACCACUACUCAUUUUGGUGAUUUGUUCUUCAGUUUUUAGCUAUAGAGCUUUUUCCUAAGUAAAGGAAGGAUAAAUCUUGUGCGACGUGAAUGUUGGUAGCUCGUGCUUGAUGAUUUGUCUCUGACCAGAGGGCCUGGCCUGCUUAAUGCUUCUCAUAGAAAAAAGUUCCUUGUCUCUUUGAAGUGUCAGUCUACAUGUUAUCUUAAUUUGAGCAUACCGUAGUUGACGAUCCUCUUGCCUUGGCCUCGUGCAGUAACAAAUCUGUCUCGUGGCUUCUUUGAUCAAAGAUUGAUGAAUUGAUGAUGUUCUGCUAUCUUCACAAUUCGAUUGUUCUAAGAUAGGGGCCUUCAUCUGUGUUUUGGCUCCUUUUAUUGGGUAGCAAGCAAGGCGUCCUUUAUGUACUUUUUAUCUAGUAGCAAAAAUAAUUAUAAAAUAUCUAUAAAUCUAUAUAAGUAAGGACAUCGACAUGUAGAUACUCUUUUAGUGCCACUCACUGACACGUUACAUUACAUGAGCCCAUGCUUGUUGUCCUAGACCUUGGAGCAUAUAUAUUUUGGACAGCACACGACGAUGAAUGUUGGGUCCCCUCCAACUGCAUGUAGUUUCUUAUGUGAUCGUGGGCAUGAGGGAUCCUGAGACUGAAUGAACCAGGGAUCAACUUUAACUGUACUGCUAUUGCCACACUACAGCGCCAGCGGGUCGGCAAUGGGUACUUAUUGAUUCUCGUACAACGAAUAC